GGGAUCACGUGGGUGUCGAGCACACGUCCCUUCCGCCCGGCGGCCGCCAGCAGCCCGGUGCCGGAGCGCUGAAGGCGCCGGCCCGCCCCGGCGAUGCUGGUGAGCAGGAGGCUGAGGCGCCUCUUGAAGCUGGUGCCGGGGAAGCGGCGCUUCGGCGCUUACAGGUUCCUGCCCUUCUUCUUCCUCCUCGGGGGAGCGAUGGAGUGGUUCAUGAUUAACGUCCGCAUUGGCAAGGAGACAUUCUAUGACGUUUACCGUAGGAAACGAUCUGAAAGACAGUACGAGGCAAGGAUGGGAAAAAAAGAAUUUUAGCUGAAAUGUUUCAAGAGGAAGGUCCUGAAUGCUUCAACUGUGUUAUUAACAUCAAAGAAACAUCGCUGCCACAUUGAUGGUAGGGGAAGAUUUUGUCUCUGCAAGAUGAACUGUAAUCCACAAAUUUGUAAUACAAUCUCAGUUGGUUUUGGCAGUUUUAUUCUUCCAUCCACUUCACAUGUUUAAUACCUUCUAUUUAAGCCAAAUACAACAGCGACAAGUUCAUUGUGUUUAGGCCUCCACCACUUAUUUAAUGUUUGUUUAGUACUUUUAAAUAAAUUAAGCUGAGUAAACA